AUGCAGAGUUGGUCUCUUUCUGAUCUCUGCCGGCACCGCAGCGGCAUGCUACUGACUGGUGGGUGCUCAGUGGAUUUACUAACCCUCACUAUCAUUUCCUGUAACUGCGUUUCGUUGGUUUCCAAUGAAACUCUUAAGAUCUACAAAUGCGCGCUGUCCUCGAAAUGCUGCACUCGCAAUUCCUCUAGCUCUCCAUUUGCACCAUUCUCAAAACUGACGUCGCUUCUUGAAGUGCCUGACGUGUGCUAUCUAUUCCAUGAGAAGUUCCCACCCUUGCCAAGGAAAGUCGUUCUCAGAAAUUCCACCUUUGAGAAUGCGACUAUAUUUCCAUCGUUCGGUCCAUUCAGACCCCCUUCUGCGAAAAGGCCAUUUUUGAACUCUACAGCUCGAUUUGCUUCAAAUAUUGAUGAUUCUGAGUCAAAAGCAGCGCGACGCGAAGAGUUCAGAAGGCUGAGGUUUCACUUUGGAAGGGAAGUCCCGGUAGUUGGAAUCUGUAUGUGUGUUGCUUUCGACUGUGCUCUUAUCGCGCUCACGUGUGCUGUUCUGAACAACGAAGAUCUAAGCGAAGAUGACCAGGAAGCGGAAGAAUUCGAGAGUAUCGAAAGUCUGCACGGAAGACUAAUGCGAGAAGUGCAGACUCAAACUCUUCCGGAACGCCAGAAAACCUAUGUUGAUAAGAGCGUACAGACAGACACGCCGUACGUGGAGUCAACAGAAGAGCGUCGGACACUGAAAUCGAACUCUCGACACCAAAGCGAUUGCUGA